AUGCUGAGAUUCUGGGCUUGGCUGCUAUGGGUGGUCACGGGCAGAGCAUUUGUUUCAAUCAAGGUGGCGGCAGCGCCAACUCGUGAGACGGCCCGCGCCCCUUCCCUCCCCCCACAGCGCGCUGGCCCGCUUGCCGAUCAGGCGCUACUUGAUUUACAAUCACUUCCUCAAUGGCAGAGCAAAAGAGACAGAGACAGAGACAAUUUCGUCACAGGUCCCAAAACGGAUGUCGAACUUGUCGCCAUUACGAUCUGUAGAGCUAGACAUGUCAAAUGUGAUGAGACACCGGGCGUGUGCAAUCAAUGCACCUCCACUGGACGCCACUGCGAAUACGAUGCUAGCCGGCUGCCACGCAUUUCCGGAGCAAUUGCAAGGGCCAUCUGGCCACAAUCCGUUGUACAGGUCGCCCCCACUGCCCGACCGGAUACCAGUACCGACGAACAACGAUGCUUUAGCAUUUUCUUCCACCAAACGGCGCCCAGGAUGGCCGAUUGGUUCAAUUUGGAAGCAUGGCAGCGGAUAGUCCUGCAGAUCAGCCUUGCGGAGCCGGCCGCCUACCACGCCGCCGUGGCUCUGAGUGCGCUUCACGAGGAUGUUGAGAUGCGCGGUCUUUGCCGCGCUGGCAACUACAAGAGCGCGAGCGUGCAUCUGCGGAGGGGAGUGCAACUUGUGGAGCAGCGUGAUGGGUACUGGAGACAUCAUCCGAGACAAGGUUCGCACCCUACGGCACAGCUCCGCUAUGGAUCUGCGACUGAGGCUGCUUUGGUCCAAGCCUUCAUGGUGCUCGAUGUUCAAAUAACACAAUACGAACAAUCAGAUCCCCUGACGCUUGAGCAAUCGACAGACCAGGAUGCUUACCCGUCUGAGACCCGAAGCCACGGCAGCCUGAUGCAUAAGAAAUCGACAGACCAGGAUACCUCCCUGACUAGGUUCAACAGCCUUGGCAGCAAUGCAUUCGGAAGCCUCUUAGAGGCUAGACAACGAAUCAACAUCAUCAUGAGCAAGGUAUCUCACUUCCGUGGCUCCUGCAACGCUCUUUUGCACGACAACACAGGUGAACAGGCCGUGAUGCAGCGAGUUACAGCACAGCAGGCCAUCAUGCUAGCUCGAUUGAGCGAGUUUGCAGCAUCUUUCGAAGAGCUUGUGGCGCGUCAUGACCCUGGCUCAUUAAGUGAGGAGGAGAGCCGUAAUAUCGCCCUGUUGCGCCUACAACAUUUGUCAUUGGUAAAUCUGGUGGUUCAAAACCUGGCCGCACUGAAGGUCGUUUCCAAUCACGAUCCCACAAAGUGA